GAGGAAGUCGAGAGAGGGCCUCGCCAGAGGCUCAUUUUCCAACCGUGGACCAGGUGAUGUCACUACACGUUCGAACUGGAGGAUGUCCCAGAGAAAGUGAAAAAAGACAGAAGAGAGAGAAAAUAAACUUUUUCAAACAACUGCCAGCAAAAAGAGGGGAGGGGAAAGAAGUUGGACAUGAUCACUCUGGCAGUAACUGUUUCUUCCCCCCCUGGUAAGAAGGUUCCAUCAGAAAAAGCCGGAGGGGAAAAACGGUGUGGAGUACAAACCGGACAGCAGCAAAAGGAUUUUACCCACCUCAGCACGAUUAUACCGUACAUGUUGGAUUAAUGUGGUCGUAACUGCGGGGAUCUAUCAUUAGCUGUAGCAGUUGAGGUGUGUGUGUAUAUCCAGAGGAGUGUGCCAUGAGGAAUCUCAGCUCCUUCCUGGCUCUGCUCUCCCUCAGCCUCUGGUCAUGGGACCUGGUGACAUCAUCCAAAGAAGUACGAUGCCCCUCCCAACAGGUAGAUGACUGGAAGUUCCCUCAGACUGCCAGACACAACAUCACAGGUUACAAUCUGGUGCGGCGCUUCUCCCUGCUCAAGACUCCUGCAAUCAAGAAGAUCCGUAACCCCCGAGGGCCUGUUAUCCUCCGACUGGGCAAGACAGCACUCAUUCACCCCACAGAUCAGGUGUUCCCCCAUGGUCUUCCUGAUGAGUUCACACUGGUCUUCACUUUGCUCCUCAAGAAGAAAACACUGAGGGACAACAUCUACCUCUUCCAGAUCUCUGAUGAACAGGGAUACCCACAGUUCUCCCUUGACCUGAAUGGUCCUGAUGCCACCCUGUCCCUGCGUGCAUGGGGGGCCGACCCCCUGGGUGAGCCAGUUGGGUGUGUGUUCAGGGGGGAGGGCGUGGAGUCUAUCCUGGACAGUGGUUGGCACAAACUGGCCCUCAGCGUCCAGCAGAGGGCAGCCUCUCUACAUGUAGACUGCAGCUCCAUCCAGACCAAGCCCCUGGAGCCCCGCGGCGAGCUAUCGACCAAGGGACACACCCUACUGGGCAUCAGGGCAACAGAUGCUGCCGCUGUGGAGAUGGACAUUCAGCAGGUGAUGGUGUAUUGUGACGCCUCCCUGGCCAUUCAGGAGUCCUGCUGUGAGAUACCUGGUGCUAGGUGCCCCCCUGACGCCCCCAAGAGUCGUCGCGCUGCCGAGAACGACCUAGAACAGCCGGUCCUUGCCUUUAACCAGGAAAUCCUUGGAUCCCAGGGUCUGGCAGAAAAGUGUGCUGGUUGUGUUCUUCUCAACGAUGACCUAAAUCUGGCCUCAGUUGGACACACUGGACAGCACAGAAUGAAGGGAGAGAAGGGAGAUCGGGGUUCAGACUGCAGUGAAUCUGGUACAUGCAAAGAGGGACGCAUGGGACAGAAGGGGGAGAAAGGCGAGUCGGUGAUGCCCGCUAACUGGGGAGAAGCUGUUGGACACAAGGGAGAUAAAGGACAGAAGGGUGAGGUUGGUCUCCAUGGACUAUCUGGCACCCCAGGAAAGGAUGGUCGAGCUGGAUCCAUCUGUGUGGUGGGACCCAAGGGACAGAAGGGUACCUCUGGAAAAGUGGGGCCCGAGGGACUAGCAGGAGAACCGGGAAACCCCGGACUUCCAGGAUUUCCAGGAAUUGGAAAACCAGGCCUACCAGGCACCCCAGGAGGACCACCUGGAUCGAAUGGAGAAAAGGGGGAUUCUGGGACACCAGGGAAAGAUGGAGAGCCAGGAGAUCCUGGUCCUAGGGGUCCUGGUGGCGGUAAAGGAGAUAAGGGUGACCCGUGUGAGUUGUGUCCCGUCCUGUCUGAAGACCUGGGCAACACUGUAGCCCUCCAGGGGAAGACGGGGCCCAAAGGAGAGCCUGGCAUAGGAGACCCUGGCCUCCCGGGUCUUCAAGGAUCAGAUGGGAAGGCGGGAGAGAAGGGAGAGGUGGGAUCGGAUGGGGUCAAAGGGGAAAAGGGUGACGCAUGUGCUGUGUGCCCCACCCUGGGUGAAAUACCUGCUGCCAACAUGGUUGCUAUGAAACAAACUCUGACACUCAAAGGAGAGAAAGGAGAACCUGGGCUUGGACAGAAGGGAGAACAGGGGGAGGCUGGACUCGUUGGCCUGGCAGGUCUGAGAGGAGAAAAGGGUAACGCUGGUGGCAAAGGAGCUGACGGUAAAACGGGCAAAACUGGACCCAGAGGACCUAGUGGCAAGGAUGGACUGAAGGGGAUAAAGGGAGAUGCAGGGAUUCCUGGUCUGGGAACUCCAGGUCCUAAGGGCGAGAAGGGUGCGUCGUGUGAGGUGUGCCAGUCUUCUCCCUCAGAGGUGGGCAGUGGGACGUCCAUAGUCAAGGUGCUAGCAGGUACGCCAGGUGAACCUGGCCUUCCAGGGCCUCCCGGGCUUCCAGGAGUGGGCGCCGAUGGCAAACAGGGUGUGCCAGGUCUUGAUGGUCUAAGGGGAGAGAAGGGAGACCAGGGUGAGCAAGGAGACCAAGGAUUGGCCGGAACCCAUGGAACCCCGGGCCUGCCUGGAGAGCCUGGUCGGAAUGGACUAACUGGACUGAAAGGAGAGAAGGGAGAUGCGUGUGAGAGCUGUGCGACUGUCUCUGGGGGGCAGGUCAGUGUAGGUGGGGUGCAGGGAGCCAAGGGAGAGAGGGGCGACCCCGGAUCCCCAGGAGAGGGAACAGCAGGGAAACACGGUAAAGCAGGGCUUCCCGGUGUUCAGGGGCCUGUUGGACCUAAAGGAAGCCAGGGUGACCCAGGAGAUGAAGGGGUGGGCCUCGCAGGACCUCAGGGGGAAGAAGGACCCAGGGGCCUACCAGGGGUGGCAGGUCCUCAGGGAAUUAGAGGACUUAUGGGACCUAUUGGGCCUGCUGGGAACAUGGGUCCUAAAGGAGAGGAGGGGCCUCCAGGGCCACAAGGGCCCAUGGGUGUAGGUGUUACAGGACCCCCGGGGAAAGACGGCGGAGUUGGUUCUAAUGGAAUCCCAGGAGCUGAUGGAAGAGAUGGAACUGAUGGGGUCAAGGGGGUCAAGGGUGAACCUGGAGAGUGUAACUGUAUCAGCCCUCCGCAUGCAGGAACAGGAGGAACAGGAGGACCGGGAGCCCCAGGAACUCUGGGAGGAAACAUGUGGCAGGGGCCUCCGGGACCACCAGGUCCUCCUGGCCCUCCUGGGCCACAGGGCUUCGUCGGCAUCCCAGGGCCCCAGGGUAUCCCUGGCAACGACGGUGUAACAGGGCAGCCGGGUCUGCCUGGGAAAACUCCCCCUCCCCCUUCCCUCCCUCAGCAUCUGAGGCUGCCUCAGGACCAGGACUCCACUCGAGGAGAGGAGGUGUGUGAGGACUGUUCCAAGGGCUUGCCUGGGGUACCAGGCAUGGUGGGCACCAAGGGAGAGAAAGGAGACGAGGGCAAUACUGCCAUAGGCCACGCCCCUGACGGCUGUGAGAGGUGUUUCAGAAACCAAAGACUGCAGAGCGAGGAGGCUGCACAGGCGCCUACCACCUCUAUCACCAAUGGAGCUAAUGGAGGCUGCUCCGGACCAGGAACACCAGGCCACCCAGGAACACCAGGAGCUUCUGGAAUAAGGGGGGAGACGGGUCCUCAGGGGCAAAGGGGACAAGCUGGUGUACCAGGGAAUAUGGGUCCUCCUGGUUUUCCUGGUCCUCAAGGCUCAUCUGGACUACCUGGUCAGCAAGGUGAGAGAGGUGCAGCAGGACCACCAGGUGUUAAGGGUGAAACGGGCCCUCCAGGGACUAAUGGAUACCCAGGUUCUAUGGGACCCCCUGGACUUCCUGGCCUGAAAGGCGAGCGGGGGACCCCAGGGGCUGCAGGAACGAAGGGAGAAUCGGGUCCACCAGGCAACCCAGGAUACCAGGGACAGGCUGGAGUAGCGGGACCCAAAGGAGAGGCUGGACUGGCAGGGUCCAACGGACCAAAAGGAGAUCAGGGCUCCCAAGGGCAACCAGGCUUCCCAGGGACACCGGGCCCCCCUGGUCCCCCUGGGAAACAAGGAAGAGAAGGAUCACCUGGACCCAAGGCUGACAAGGGUAACGAUGGAGCACAGGGUCCACAGGGCCCAUCUGGACCUCCAGGUUCUCCUGGGUCUCCUGGCUUGCAGGGACCUCCUGGAUUUGAGGGAUUGGAUGGUAAAGAUGGGAAACCAGGGAUGAGGGGAGAGCCAGGGCUUCCAGGGGCGGCAGGACACAAAGGAAUGCCAGGUUUUAAAGGGAAGCAUGGACAUGUUGGCUUCCCUGGGCAGAAGGGUGAUGCUGGGCCUGUUGGCCCACCGGGGUCAACUGGUAGACCAGGACUUGAGGGUGAUGCUGGAACCCCAGGGCCUCAGGGUCGACCCGGUCCCCCAGGACACCUUGGCACUGCAGGAGCAGCGGGACCCCCAGGCCCAGCAGGCCCAGCUGGAGUGGGUAUACAAGGUGAGAAGGGCCAGGCAGGAGACAGAGGGCUACCAGGGAUGGGUGGGCCAGCCGGACCCCCUGGCCAUCCUGGAAUGCAGGGAGAACCAGGCAGUGAUGGAGCAGCGGGUAAAGACGGAGCACCUGGUCUGCCUGGAGACAAUGGACAAUGUGGUACAAAGGGUGAGCCAGGUGCCCCAGGUCAGAGGGGUACGCCAGGGGAGCGAGGUCGCCCCGGACCCCCUGGUGGAGGGGGGUACUCCUCCAAAGCUGAUACCCCAGUGAUGGGCCCAGUGGGACCCAGGGGAGAGAGGGGCACCCCGGGCUCACCAGGCCCUUCAGGGUCCACUGGACCUCCAGGAAUACCAGGCAACGAGCCUGUGGUCAACUAUGACAACAUCAAGGACUUCAUUCGCCAGCAGGUCAUCAAGAUAUUUGAUGAGAGGAUGGCCUACUUCAUGUCUCGCAUGCAGCAGCCACAAGAGGUAUCGUCCCCCGGUCGUCCUGGCCCCCCAGGGAAGGAAGGUAACCCAGGUAGAAAUGGGGCUCCAGGGGCCCCGGGUCAGCCAGGACAGAUAGGCAGAGAGGGUCGCCAAGGAGUCCUGGGACCACAGGGUCCACGAGGUCUGAAGGGAGAGAAAGGUGACAAGGGUGUAGGGGAGAUGGGUGACAGUGGACCCCCAGGAGCACCAGGUGUCCCAGGCCCCCCAGGCUAUGGCAAGAUGGGCCCCAACGGCCCCGUGGGUCAGCAGGGGAUCCCUGGAGUCUCAGGAACCCCUGGACAGCCGGGCCAGAAGGGCAGGGAGGGACGGUGUAACCCCUCUGACUGUAUGAGCCAACCAAUAGAGUGGAACCCUAAGGGCCCUCCCGUCAAGGGCCCCUACUAGAGAGAGAGAGAUUAUUGAAGAGGAGAGGAGGCGAGGAGACACAGAGAAGAUGGAGAGAUAGAAGAAACCAACCCAAAGACCUGAAGGCACUAGAGACAGAAGUGGAGGGGUGAAGAGAGAGAGAAGAGAGAACAAAAGACCAGUCAAUCAACAGAAGUCAUCCUAGGAAAACAAGUGAAUACUGAGGCACCCAUAGUUGAUGUGGUCCUCUUCAUCCAUCCCUAAUUCAUCAAAGUGUUUGCCAGUUAGCUGUCCACCUUACCGCCUGUGUAGAAAAUAUAUACAGAUGUAGGAUCUUAAUUUGAGCCAGUUUUCUAAAGCAGGAAAACAAUCCUGCAGCAACAGGAAAUGUUAAUUAUUAUGUAGAUUAUAAUGAAUGGACGAUUUUGUCGUGGUUGAUACAUGUUCCUAAUAGAAAAUCAAGUAUUACAUUUCUAAGUGGAAAUUACAAACAUUAGAAGCCUUUUUAAACAUCAAAUACACUACACAUUUUAAAUGUCCUGCAUUGUAGGAAAGUUCCUCCUGCAACAGCGUGAUCAAAUUAAGAUUCUACAUCUGUAUGUGUAGGACCUUCUUCUAACUGAAGACUUAGUACUGGCUGAAGGGGCUUUGAUAAAGGAGAUAAUGUGGACACCACUAUCCUGCCUCUCUACUCUCUGUCUUAUCCGUUCUGUUCAUUCCUUCAAAAUUUCCCAACUUUAGCUGUAAGUUCAUUCUAUAAGAUAUACAUGCUUAGUUUGAUAAUACCAGCAAGAGCAAAUCCAGCCUUCAAAAAACUACCUGCAAACUCUUCCUCAUCAUCACUAUCACCCUCGUCUUCAUUCUGAUUAUAAAACGUGCCCGUUGGGAGUAUUAGACAGCUGCUUUGUGCUGUUCUGCUUUGAUCUUGCUUCUCUCUAGCAAUAGAAACAGAAUGAAUAGAACUGACAUGGCACUCCCAUUCCAAAUGUUCUUUAUUCUUUAUGCAUGCUAUGUUGUUUAUGUUAUUUCUAUGCUUGAGUAUACACCAUCACUUGAAUGAUGUCUGAUGCUUUAACAGAUCUGUACGCUAUAUAAUGGCCUUGUCACCUUCUCUUCCCUGUUUGUGUGAGAAGAACAUAAUGUCCACCUUCCCAGAGUGCCUGUUUUGUAAAUAUUUAUAUUUAUAUAAUGGCUUUUUAUACCUUUUGUAUCUUGGAGUUGGCGUCAGCAUGGCUUACCGUGUGUUUGUUAUGGUCAACUGUCAUGUAUCCACUACCAGUGGGUUUAAAAAAAUGAUUUUAUAGGGAGUAAUUUGUUCUGUAAAACAAAUUAUUUAUGAGGGAAUUGUGCCUUUUGUAUAAAAGCAGAUUGGAUUUAUAUAUGGUGGUAUUAUUAUGCUUAGGAAGGUAUUUUCAUGCGUGUCUUAUAAAGUACAGGACAUCAUGUUCAAUGGUAGCAUUUUCAAAACUGCCUCAAAAAUCACUUUUCUUGUUAUAUAGCAAUCUAUUAACAGGUGUCUUACCACACUACCAAACUUAUUUUUCACAACAGAUUAACUUGAAAGGGAUCAUUUGCUCCUCGAGUACACCACUGGUGUACCUAGGAUUUUCAGAAAUCCUGGUUGAAAGAUUCCCAGAAUCAGGAGGGGAGAAGCAGGAAAUCUGGGAAUGUUCCAAACAGAAUUUCUGGAAGCUUGGUGAUUUUGGGAAUGUUCCCAUAAUUUAGCGAUCCUAAGCAGAAGUACAUUCUUUAUGACCACUAAGAGUUUUCAAUGUCAUUAUCAAACAUAAAAGAAAAAAGUUGGAUAUCCAUAUUCACUCAUACCAUCGCUGGCAUCACUGUGCCAACCAGCUUCUCCCUGUAUCCAUUACUAACUGAGUACAACUUGUAUGUCUUCUGCCUUGUAUGUUGUGUUGUUUUUUAGUUUGACCUGUCAUAUAUACACUACAGGGUGUCACCAACCGCUAGCUAUGUAAUGGAUAUCACCAGGUUUAGAAUCAUAUAGAUGUUCUGAGUUGUUAUUGGAGUUUUUUCCUGAACAUGUGACCUGUCCAGAGUAUUUCCUGGUCAGGAAUAACUACUGACCCUAGGUAUACUAAAUACCCAAACAAUAACAUAUCUCCCCUCUUCAUUCCUAGCUUUUACAAAUAUCUUGUUAAAACAACAGCACUGUUUCCCUGCUAUUCUCAGUAGAUCUGAUUGUUUCUAUGUUACCGGUACAUUUUAUUAAGCCAUCCUGUGUAAAGAGAUGUUUUUUUUUUAUGGAAACUUUUCUGGAAAAGCUAAUAAAUUUUGCAAAGCAGA